AAGUUUCUUCAUGUAAUUCAACUAAUUUAUCAAAUUAUGAUAAAGAUCGAGAAAAUCCAGCUAUAAUAGAAUCACAAAAAUUAUCAAAUCUUAUUAAAGUUCAAAAAAAUUUAAAAGAAUUUAUACUUUGGAAUUGUAAAAUGGGAAUUUUAGAAAUAAUUUCAUCAUUAGUAUCAACUCAAAAUUAUUCUUUACGUGAACUUUCAUUUCAUCAUU